UGUAGAACUGGGUGAAACAAAUCAAAAGGAUAAUAAAUCCAACGAAACUGGAAUUUGUUGCGUUUCUGCUCGGAAAUCACGUGAGAUGUUAAACAUCGUCACACCGGGAUGUAAAGCCCAGGAGUAGAACUGAUAAGCGAACUGUGAAUUAUAUGCGCGUACUUUUGGGCUGGAAGAGAUGACUGGUUGGCAAAGUGGCAGGUUGAAGUUAAUCUUCAGUGAAAGGAAGAUCCCCUCACAACCCCGUUAGUCGAGAGGAACGUGUUCUUCCUUCGCCAAUAAUGGAUAAAACUCGAUGUAUCCUCCUGUUUGUGAUCUCUAUUAUACUGUUAGUUGGUGUUGUAUCCAUCGGCGUUUAUUUUGCAACUCGUUGUGACUACCUGGGCAUGGAGGAGAACUCUGCCGCUUACCUGUUUACCCAGAGCGAAGCAUCCGAUCAGUUGGCCAUCGGAUAUCUCCAGAAGGAGCAAAAGAAUAGCAAAGUAUUUAGCUGCACGUGGAAUGAAGCAAUGAAGAAAAGGAGAGACAACCAGCGUCUUCGCCAUGUCACAGUACCCGAUGGACUCAAAGAGCAACACUUGUUGGCCGUCAUUGCCUAUACGUUGCCGCCGAUUGGGAAAUGCGGAAACUUUCCCAAUGACUUCAAAAAGGCGAUUAAAUCGUCCGGAAAGAGCAACAGGGACUAUCAGAAAUUCCCGUUUAAGAGUUUCCAUUAUCUUCUGACUGUUGCCCUCAAGAGACUGAGAGAGAUCUCGGGCAGUGCACCCCCGGUCAUCUACAGAGGGAUGAAGAGAUAUUCCCGGGGUACGGUGGGAAAACCAAUGAUAUUUGGAUAUUUCGCUUCCUCUUCGAAGAGCAAGGAUGUUGCCAACGAUUUCGGGAGAGAAACCACGUUCACGAUAAACUCAGAGUACGGCGUCAGCAUAGAGAAAUACUCAGUUAACGAACGUCAGCAUGAGGUGCUGAUUCCUCCCUAUGAAAAGUUCAACAUCACGGCAAUCUCCAAACGGAGUGACGGGGUUGACAUUUCUCUGAGUGCGGUGGGUGUGCAAUGGAUCCCGGUGAAGGUGGAGCGGGACGAGCAAGGCGGCAUGCGGGUGGUGCGUAGUGAUGGGGCGCCCAUUUCCGCAGUGGCGGGGCUGUGCAUCCUGGCACUACUGGGUCCCAUUUCCGUGUAAGGUUCACGCAGAACAUUCGCAUCUCCGGGUUAUAUUUCAACCGAUCAUGUAUGAUUAGAUAUCGGAGCAGAAUAAGGUCUUUCGGCCCAUCGAGUCUGCUCCGCCAUUCGAUCAUGGCUGAUUUAAUUUUCUCUCGCGUCCCUAUUCUCCUGCCUUUUCCCCGUAACCUUUCACGCCCUUACUAAUGGAAAACCUAUCAACCUCCGCUUUAAAUAUACCUAAUGACUAGGCCUCCACAGCCGUCUGUGGCAAUGAAUUUCACAGAUUCACCACUCUCUGGGUGAAGAAAUUCCUGCUCAUCUCUGCUCCAAAGGGACGCCCUUCUAUUCUGAGACUGUGCCCUCUGGUCCUAGACUCUCCAACUACUGAAGCAUCCUCUCCACGUCCACGCUAUCCACGCCAUUGAGUAUUCGGUAGGUUUCAACGAGAUUCCCCCUCAUCCUUCCAAGCCCCAGCGAAUACAGUUGCACAACUAAACUCAAAACACACCUCAUACGCUAACCCUUUCACCCCCAGGAUCGUUCUCAUAAACCUCCCCUGGAAUCUCCAACGCCAGCACAUCCUUCUUUAUAUACCGGACCCCAAACUGCUUACAGUAGUCCAAAUGUAUUCUGGCCAUUGUUUCAUAACUCCUCAGCAGUACGUUCUCUCCUCGUCUGCAUGGGAUUCCUCCCACAUUCCAAAGAUAUAGGGUUUAGGAAGGUGUGUACAUCCUAUGUUGGCGCCGGAAGCGUGGCGAUACUUGCGGGCUGUCCCCAGAGCACUCUACACAAAAGAUGUAUUUCACUGCGUGUUUCGAUGCUCAUGUGACUAAUAAAGAUAUC